UCCAAAGUGAAUGAGUUAUUGGAGAAUUAACUUCAACAGGCGAAAGCAUCAUCCGAAGCUGGUCAAGAACAACAAAACAUGUUGUACGCAGCUAUAUGGGAUAUGGAAACAUUAACCGAGGAGCUGAAAUCUAAGGUUUCAAAAUGUGAAAUCAAGUCUGGUAAUGCAGAAGAGGAAUGCACUAUUUUAUCUGAAACUAAUUUACGUCUUAACAAUGAACUGACUUUCUUGAGGACUAAAGUAGAGAACUUGGAGACUUCGCAUGAGCAAGCUAAUGAAGCAAAAGUUGAAGCCUCGAAGGAAAUCAAUUUGAGCAGUAAGUUUAUUAAGGACAUGGUCACACAAAUAACCUUCGAAAGAGAGCGUAUAAAGAAACAGUUAUCUUCUUUAACAGCAGAGAAUACGAUGUUGGUUGAAAAGUUGAGUAAAUCGAUAGGAGCCGAAACAUCAUAUGCAGAAGAAGUUGAUGCAGGUGCAUAUAUGAUUUACUUUUUUUUGGCGCUUUUAUAGCAUAAAAGAAAGGUGGAAGUUUGUAUAAUGUAAUUUCUAUUAUCCAGGAGGAUGAAACAAGAAAUGGAACAGCAGAUCAAUUUAAGGAUAAGGACAAGGACGACGUCUAGGAAUCUUCUUCGUCUAUGGAAUUGAAGGAGGCAAAAGUGGCGUCAGAAGGGCAUCAGAUGUAUGUAUUUGUGGCAAUAGUAAUGUUAAUGUUGUCGAUCCUUGCGACUUAUUUGGUUCAGAAGAGAUCGUUCAACCCUUUGGAUGUUGAAGAAUAACAUUUCAAGACACAUCUCGAUGAAUAUAUUUGUAGCAGUCAUUUGUUUUUUAUUUGUUUGAUUGAUUUAGGAGCUAGUAUGGUAUUGUGUAUAUACAUAAUCCAAUAUUUUCUGUUCUC